UAGUGAUUUAUGCGAAAUCGGGUCUCUUCUUCUCCAUUUUCACUGAACCGAAGCUCGGGCCGAGCAGAGCAGAGCAAUUGCGGUCGCUCCCGUUAUAAUGCCCAAGAAGAAACCUUCAAAGUCCGAGAAAUCGGUCUCUUCUUCUCCGCCUGUCAACGCCGCUUCGAAUGAGAGGAGAAGUAGCAGGAUGGUGUUGAGGACUAAAUCGAGUGAGAAGAUGAAGCGGUUGGCUCUGCUGAGCAGAGAGAGCGAGGACGAGUGGAGACCCAAGUCUCUGAAGAACGUCAAGACGACGAGAGGGAAGAAGAAUGUUAAGCUUGAUGCGAAGAUGCCCAAGAAACCGCCCACUGCUUUUUUCUAUUUCUUGGAGGAUUUUCGAAAGGAUUAUCAAGAGCAUAACCCAGAUGUCAAGUCAAUGCGAGAUAUUGGCAAGGCUUGUGGUGAGAAGUGGAAGACAAUGACUUACGAGGAAAAGGUUCACUAUUAUGACAUUGCCAAUGAGAAAAGGAGAGAAUUUGACAAGGCCAUGGCGGAAUACAUCAAAAGAAAGGAAAGCGGUGAAGACGAGGAUACUGAGGACGACCCCGAGUUCGAAUAGGACGUGGUUGUAUGAUAUCGAGUAAUUGAUCUGCCCAUAGUAUACGAUUGGUAAUUUUAGUAGCUCUUUAAUUUGAAUUUGCUCUAUUUGACAAUUGUUAAGUUUGUUCUUGGAAGUUGGUGACGAUUGCAGGUUUAGAUUCUCGUGUUCAUGUGUAGGGAAAAAAACUAAUCAGCAUGCUUCGACUUCAUCUUCUGUCCCCUUUUUUGUUGAGUGGGAUGCGUUCUUGUACAAUUUGGUGUAGCUUCCCCCCCUAACACUAUCGAUCAUUAAGGAAUGCAAUUCCCUGUGCAUUAUAUC